AUGGCGACUCUCAGCAACACUGGUCAUGGUCCGCUUCAGGUCCCUGAAUUUGGCUCAAUUCCCCUGAACUUUGAACUCGCCCCGGAGGCCCGCUUUGCCCAUGGGUUGGUUGAAUAUCGUCACGCACCUCGGUUGAUCAAGCGAGAGAUGGCUAUGCUCCGACCCAUGCUACAUAUCACAGAGCAGGGUGGGUGGGAUCGCACGAUACUGGACUCAGAUGAGACCAAGCUUGCAAAGUGGUACUAG